AUGUCUAAAGUACUUAUUCAAAGUUCUUUUAAACCUGAAGAAUACAAUUUUAGAUCUUUUAAAAAGCAUGAAUCCAAUGAUGAAUCUAAAGAAGAAAUACCUGAAGUAGUUUGUGAAAUUAUUUGUUUUCUUGGAAAACAAUUCAAUUAUUCAACACGUAAAAUCGGAAAGCUUAUAGGGGCAGGACGUUUACGACUUCUUUUACCUGAUGAUGAAAAAGAAGUGAUUGAUAUAUUGUCUUCUAAGAAGGGUAUAUCAGCUAAUGAGAGCAAAUUUAUACAUUUUGGGUACAAUCAUCGUCAGUUUUACUGGAAACACCUGGGAGAUCCAUUUCAAGAUGAGUAUGUUAGAGGGACGAAACCAUUUGGAGGAGGAGGCGUAAUGAUCUGGGGUUGUAUUACCUCUAAAGGUGUCAGUCAUUUAUGUUGUAUCGAAAAUAGCAUAGAUUCGGAAGCCUAUCAUAUUAUUUUAGCCAAAAAGCUUUUUGGCACCUUAUUACAAUACGAUUUAAGUGUUAAUGAUAUUAUCUUUCAACAAAAUCAAGCCCCAGCUCACAAAUCAGGCGAUACUAAAAAUUGGCUUCAUUAUCGAAAUCUUGAAUUUCUUGAUUGGCCUCCAUACUCGCCUGAUCUAAAUACAAUAGAAGAUCUUUGGGUAUAA